AUGGAUUUUCCAAAGGAUGCUAUUCAUGCCAAAGAGCUUUUACCUUCAUACGAAUUGCUUCCACAGCCUUAUGAAAACAGAUUGGGUACUGAAUGCUUAAAGUUUAUAGCCAACGACUACAAAGGGUUUAAAAAGGGUAAAUUGGAUUCCAUGCUUGCUAAAGAGUUUAAGCUAAUCAAAUCAGAUAUGAAUAGAGUGACUAUGGCUAAGAAAGUAGAUGAAGCCAGAGGUAACACUGCAAAUUAA